AGAUCGAAGCCGGCCCAAAUGCGAAAAAAAACAACCUUAAUUAAUUGAUUUUAAUGGCGGGCGGCCGCCUCUCUCAGUUUCUUAGUGAAAUCUUCGCCGAACUCCACCAGCUCCUCCGUCGACGGCAAGAGACCUCUCACGGCAUCAUCGGCGGCGAAAUCCUCGGCCCAUCGUGACAAAUUGGGAGUCCCGUGAAAUAAGAACACCGUUUCGGAGAAGCAGUACAUCUUCCAGCUGGGAUAGCUCUUCCAGGAGCUUCUUCAUCUCUUCUUCCUUCGCUCCCUCGUCCGCCGCAAGCCGCAUGCGGCGCAUUGUUGGGAAUAUCUGAUCGUCGACAAACCCGGACCAGAAGAGGGCGGUGGCGCGGUGGAUUUGUAUUCCUUGUCUAUUUUGGAAUCAUCCUCUCCUAUAAAUAAAGGAGAAACUCCUUGUAAUUAGAUAGAACAAUUCAAUAUAUAGAAUAUCUUCUCCCUUAUCAAUUUGUACAGAGGGGAAGAUGGACGACGACGACGACGGGGGAGAAGAGGAAGCCCCGACGGAAUCGAUGUACUGUGCGAUGAGGGUGGAUUCAGAGAUGGGGCGGCGGUUGUGGAUGAGGACGGGGACUUUCCGAGCUAUUCGGACUUGGAGCGCGUACGGGCUCCACCACGUCCCCAACAGCUUCACAUCGUCGGUGGUCGCCAUCGCCGCCGCGGUCGAGCUCGCCGGAGCUUUGGAGAAGAAUGAAGAAGGGGAUGGAAAUGAAGAAGAUAGAGGAGGCUUCUCGGAGCCGAACUUCAAAAAAUGGAGCCGUCUUUUCCUCCUCUUGGUCCGACGCUUCAACCUUGAAGGUUUCCUUACCGGUGAGAAAACCUCCACCGGAAAGGAUGACGUCGAAUGGCUCCAACUAGAUGCUCUCAUUCAAGGAUGGAUCCUCUCCACCGUCAACGAUGAGGUCUCGGAUCUCAUCAUCUCCUCCACCACAUCCGCUGCAGAUCUUUGGAAAUCAAUUCACAACUUGUUUCACGAUAACAAGGCGGCUAGAGCAAUGCAACUCGAACAACAAUUCUUCAACACCGUCAAAGGAACAUCUACCAUAGCUUCGUAUUGUCAAACACUUCGCAACAUUGCGGAUUGGCUUGACGAUGUAGAUGCCCCGGUCACCGAAAAUCAGCUUGUCUUGCAAACCCUACGUGGCCUCCCGGAGGAUCUCAGCAAUCAAGUCUCGUUUUUAGAGUUUCAAAAACCUCCGCCAACAUUCAUGGAGACCCGGUCAGCCCUCCUUCUUCUCGAGGGACAGCGGAGACCUCACGCAGCCGCUGGCGAAGGGGGCACGACGCUGGCAGCACACAGCAGCGGAGGAGGAGGCGCGCGCGGCCCGGGCUACGGUGGUCAUGGCGGCCCGCAUUCUGGACAGGGCAGCGGCGUAUCAUCCCUGGCUUGCCAGAAAACCUGCGGGAGCCAGCUGAUCAAAUACCCGUUCGGGACCGGUCCAGGUUGCGGCGACCCCCGGUUCCAGCCCCACGUCACCUGCGACGUCCAACAACAGGUCCUGACGUUCGCCACCCACACCGGCUGCUACCCCGUCUCCUCCGUCGACUACCAAACCCAAGUAAUUUACAUUUCUGACCCUUCCCUCUCCACCUGCUCCUGCACCCGAACCAGCCCCGGGUUCGGCCUCGACUCCGACGCCCCUUUCUCCUUCCACGACGACACUGCCGUCGCCCUCCUAGGAUGCACGGGAGGGGCAAAUUCGUCAACUCCGGAGUGUGAUGCGCUGGCAGCCCCGAUCUGUGACAUCCUGACCUCUUGCCAGCAACCCAUCACCACCAGCAAAGCAAGCGACCUCCAACUCUCCGGCGGUUGCUGCGUGUACGCGCCGGUGGACCUGGGGCCGGCGUUCGAGAUGGACUUGCCAAAGCUGGGGUGCACCGGCUACUCGUCCAUGUACGGCGGCGAAGCGGGGGCAGCUGGGGGAUGGAAGUACGGGAUAGCGUUGAAGUAUAAGUUCAAUUACCGGAACGAUUACCCAGAUCUGUGCGAUGCCUGUGAGAAGAGUAGCGGCGUUUGCGGGUACUCCAUCCCGUAUAAAUCGUUCUUGUGUAACUGUCCAGGUGGCUUCAACACUAGCUCCCAUUGUUUCCUAAGUUCUUGGAGCAAUGGCUUCACCAUUUCCCCUUGGAAUACAGGAAUUUUGCUGGUUGUGAUUAUGGGAUUGUUCAUUAUAGUCCAAAAUGAAGUAGGCUACAAGCUGUGAUCAACCAUUAAUUUAACUUAAUUGAUUGCAUAAUUCAGCAUUAUGAAUUGACCAGCUCAAUUGUUCAUUAUUGGAUGCUUUUCUAAAAUGUUGCAUUAUAUUCUAAUUAUUUUAGUGUUGCUUUUUGUUGUUCUC